AUGGGUUGUGCUUCUAGUACUGGGGUUUUCCAGUCCAUUCCAGACAAAUAUAAUUCUGUCGAGGAAGUUCAAAAAGCGCUUCGCCAAGCUGGACUUCAGUCGUCCGAUCUGAUUAUUGCAGUGGAUUUUACAGAAUCAAAUCUAUGGAAAGGAGAGAAGACAUUUGAAGGACGAUCACUUCAUUACAUUGAUAAAACAGGCCGUGUGACAAACCCUUACCAGACUGUGAUUUCGGCAAUCACUCGUGUAUUUGAGUUAUUUGACGACGAUGAUUCUAUCCCGGCCUUUGGUUAUGGCGGAUAUCCAGAGCGGCCACCAGCGGAACGAUACUUUCCGUUCGUCGAAGGUCAAGGGUGCGAGUUUGACGAGAUCUUGCAGCGAUAUUUUGCAAUUGCUUCUACUAUGGAACUUAAUUCUUCAUCCAGCUUUGUACCGAUCAUCCACGAAGCAAUGAAGAUGGCAAACAAGAGUCGCCGGUACCACAUCUUGAUCAUUAUCUCUGACGGUCACGUUGACGACCCUGGAAUAGCUAGAAGGGCAAUUGUGGAGGCUUCUGAAUAUCCACUUUCCAUAGUCAUGGUUGGUGUGGGCGAUGGUCCUUGGACUUUAAUGACCGAGUUUGACGACAAGUUGCCCGAGCGUCGUUUUGAUAACUUUCAGUUUGUAAAUUACAACACGAUUCCAAGAGGAAAUCUCGACAAUCCAGAUGGAGGAUUUGCCAUGCAGGCACUCAUGGAGAUUCCAGAGCAAUACAACACAAUCCGAGAGCUUGGAUUGAUCAAGAACUAA